AUGACACGAUCACAGAGCGCCGGUAAAACGGUUAUUUGGGCUUUGAUAUCCGCCACAAUUUCCCAAGCAAGCUCAGUAAUGGAGAGAUCUAGCUUCGGAAAUGGACGAAGGAUGUCCCAUGCUGGCAAUGGAUUGCCAGGAUGGACCGUAUCUGGCUUAGGCUAUCUCCCAGAAAUGUUAUCUGAUAGAAUUAUUCUGACACCCCCCUACCCCGGUAAUAAAAGAGGCGCACUAUGGGCUGAUGACAUAAUACCCGAGUCAGAGUGGCACGUGGCUUUCGAUUUCAGAGCAAACGGAGAGGAGAGAAGCGGCGGAAACCUACAGCUUUGGUAUGUUAAGAAGCAGGAGGCUGUUGGGUCGUCGAGCAUAUAUACCGUGGGGAAAUUUGACGGCCUGGCUAUCACCAUUGACACACAUGGAGGCAAGGCUGGCAUUCGAGGCUUUUUAAACGACGGAACCAUAGACUACAAAUCUAGUGGUAAUGUCGACGCUCUAGCUUUCGGACAUUGUGACUAUCAGUACCGCAAUCUGGGCCGGCCUUCAAAGCUACAGGUAAAGCAGUCGAGCCGGGAGUUCGAAGUCUUGAUAGAUGGAAACACUUGUUUCAAAUCUCCAAAGGUCUUCGUUCCUCCAGGAAACCUGUUUGGUCUCACUGCCGCCUCAGCUGAUAGCCCUGACUCAUUCGAGGCCUUCCGCUUCGUAGCGACCACUUACUCUGGUGGCAAUGCCAAACAACAGGAAAGGGGCCAAGAACCCCCGAACAGAGCCGGCCAGGCCAAUAACGACAAGGCUCCCAGCGGCGGCAACGUGGAUAUCAAAGAUCUCCAGGCCCGCCUUCAAGCUAUCUCCAGUACAACCAACAAGCUAAUGGACGAAUUACAAGCUCUAUCAAGAACCAAUGAAGAUAGGCUGAAGGAAGUCAUCCGCAUAGUUGCGCACCGUGACCAAGUGAGCAGUGUGGAUCAGAGACUUCAGCGCGUAGAACGUGUGGUCGAGUCCAUGCAGAGAGAGAUGGAGGGCAAGGAUUAUCAUAACCAGUUCAAACAGCUGCAGGAUCUGUUGCAUAACUCCCACUCCGGCCUAUUGGAUACCCUCCACGAUUCAUCUCAUCGCAUCAUCUCAGCCGCACCGCGCAUGGGCUUCUUCAUCAUCCUUAUUAUUGCUGUCCAGCUUCUUCUCGCAGUCGCUUACAUUGUCUACAAGAAACGUAGAGCCAGCAUGCCGAAGAAGUUCUUAUAG